AUGGAAGCAGCUAUUGCCCAGAGGGUUCAGUACCACCCAUCAUGGGUUGAUAGCAGAAAGUUUGAGGUGAAGCGGCUUGGUUCAUUGCGGUUUUCUCAGCGAGUUAAGGAAGAGAAAAGGUUCGGAGGUCUUGUUACUUUGGCUCAUUUGCAACCUGACAAAAGAAAUGAUCAAAGAAGAUCGGUUUCUUCAGAGGUUUCAUGUUCUGACAACAACUCUUCAGUGUUGUUGAAGGCGGGAAGUAUUCUUCCAUUUGAUGAAGAUCUAAUUCUCAAGAAAAAAGCGGAAGAGGUUAGACCGUAUUUGCAUGGACGUUCUAUGUACCUUGUCGGAAUGAUGGGCUCUGGGAAAACAACCGUGGGGAAGUUAAUGUCUAAAGUGCUCGGUUAUUCUUUCUUUGACUGUGACACUCUGAUUGAGCAAGCGAUGAAUGGAACUUCUGUAGCUGAGAUAUUUGAGCUUCACGGAGAAAGUUUCUUUAGAGGAAAGGAGACUGAUGCACUAAAGAAGCUCUCUUCAAUGUAUCAAGUUGUUGUUUCCACUGGUGGAGGUGCAGUUAUAAGACCCAUCAACUGGAGAUAUAUGAACAAAGGAGUCAGCAUUUGGCUAGAUGUGCCCCUUGAAGCCUUAGCACAUAGAAUUGCUGCUGUUGGAACUGAUUCACGGCCACUGUUACACGAUGAAUCAGGAGAUGCAUACACUGUGGCUUUCAAGCGUCUUUCGACUAUUUGGGAUGAGCGCGGUGAAGCAUACACAAACGCAAAUGCCAGAGUCUCCUUAGAAAAUAUUGCAGUCAAGCUUGGCUAUAAAGAUGUCUCAGAUCUCACACCAACUGAAAUCGCCAUUGAGGCCUUUGAGCAAGUUCAAAGCUUUCUAGAAAAAGAAGAAACAGUGGAGAUCCCUGAUGGUGACCUCUAG